AUGGCGGACAAGUUGUAAGUUUAUUUUGUGGGACAUUAUAUAGGGCGGUGUGUUUACACUUUUUUUUCUGUUGAUUGGUGAGACGUUAUAAACAGUUUACAUUUUGUAAACACAUUUCCGGACGGUCAUGUCCGAUUUGACGGGAGUUCUUGUUGGAAUGCCCUGAGGGUUGGUGGAAAUAAGUGUUUUGAAAUUUUGGGGGAGUCAGUAGUAACUUUGUUAAAAACUCGUUGAAAUUAGUUGUAAAUUGACCGCUAACAGUCUUCAACUUAAAUUUUAGGAUGGUAAAUUUAUUUACCAUCAAUUUUAAGGCCAUAAGUCAUCAAUCUAUCGCCAUUUUCAGCGUGAAAAUCGAGCUUCCCGAGCUGCAAAAUGACAAUUCUCAUGUCCAACCGAUCCCCGCGUACAACGGCUUUUAUAUCCAGCCUUACAACGAGAUUUAUGAAGACAAAUCCUCACUCUCUCCACCUCUGUCGACUGGCUCGGAUCACAUUGAAAAAGAGGUGAAGAAAUCGUCAAGUGGCCAGAAGAAACGCAAUCGACGCGCCGAAAAUCGGCUCGAGAAACCGCCACACUCAUACAUCUCGCUGAUCGAAAUGGCGAUUAGGGUAAGGUUUGAAGUGAAUUUUAAACCAUAAAAUAAGUUGAUCUCAGUCUGUCGGGAAAAUAAUGAACACUCUGUCGCAUCGAAAAUCGCAUCGCCGUCGAGAAAAUGAAUUGUGUCGCGGCAAAAUCAAAUUGAUUUUUAAUUCAGCGACGCCUUCGACGCAAUGAUAUUGGGCUCAUUUCUUUCGAUUUUUUUGAAAAAAAAGAUUUCUCAUAGAAAAAAAAUUCAAUACGAUGAUGCAAUUUGGUAUAAUAUUUUUGGCUGCAAAAGUUUUAAAAAUGAAACUUUAUGAAUUGUGAUUGCGCUGUUUAUACGACGGAGUGCCUUACAAUAUUAAUAUUGUCUGAAAGCCGACUUUUUAUUCUACUGCCAUGCCAGAUUUCAGCCUUCUAGCGCAAACGGCUAGCAAGAUAUGGAGAGAGAAAGCAAGCACAUACCGAAAAAAUAGAAAAAGUCGCGGAGAUCGGUUGUGCCCCAAAAGUACGGAAUGCCGUGCGCCGAUCGCGGAAUUGAAAAGCAAUUUGAUUUUGCCGCGAUACAAUUCAUUUUCUCGGCGGUGAUGAGUUUUUGGAUGCGACAGUGUGCUCAUUAUUUUCUCAUCAGACUAAUAAAUCAAAUUUUUAAAAACAAGUUUUUUCUGUCUGUUUGACAAGCAAUACCUUGUCUUAUCCCCAAACUUUUAGUCCCAAGCCUCCGGCCGCGCCACUCUCGCCGAGAUCUACGACUUUCUCCAGGCUCGGUUCGACUUCUUCCGCGGCUCCUACGUUGGCUGGAAGAACUCGAUUCGUCACAAUCUCUCUCUCAACCAAUGCUUUGAGAAGCUGCCAAAAACAGCGGGUGCCAAGUGCGGGAAAGGCCAUUAUUGGACAAUGGCGGCCAAUGCCGUCAUCUCGAAUGGGACGCCGAAUCUGAAUGUGACGAGGAAAAAGGAGCCAUUCAAGAAGAGCGGAUUCACCGAAGCCGGCGGGUAUAUGGACUUUGAGGGGAAUAAUGGCGAUGUUCUUGAUGCCAUCAACAAUGUUGAUGAUGGUUAUGGAAGUGGAGGAGUAAGUUGUGAAAUUGUUUUGAAAAAAAUGUGAAAAGCAAUUUAACUUUGCCGCGACACAAUUCAUUUUCUCUACGGCAAUAGGAUUUUCGAUUUUUCGAUGCGACCAAGUUCCCAUUAUUUUCCCGACAGGUUAAUAGCCAGCUUUCGUCGUAUGGAAGUUUUUAGUGCAGAGCUUGACUUUAUAAUGUAUGCAACGCUAUCCGAUCUUUGUGAAAUUGCCGCAGACUUAUAAAGAAAUCACCCCAAGUACUGUAUUGUUUAAUUUUUUUCAACACUUUGGGAAUAGGGCACUAUCAGCGCUUCAACACUUUAACACGCGCUUUACAGGGCCAGCCGAGAUGAUUAAGCACCCUCGAAAAACUUUUUGGACGCAUUUAAACGCGUUUUUUGUGGAAACAUUUCUUUCUACGGUAGAAAUAGGAAUUUAUAUCAAACCAUAAGAAAUGUCCAUAAAUUUGGAGGAAAAUUGGAGGAAAGUUGGAGGGUCUGCAUUAGUCUACCUCCAAUAAAAUUAUGAUCAAAAUUUACUCUCGGAAUAGCCAAAAAUUUGGUCUUUAGCUAAAGCGUUCUUAAAAAUUCCCCGCCAAAGUUCGAGUUCGCAACAAUCUCCGACUUUGAUGUCACCUCAAAAAACGAUGACUCAAUAAAUCCGCUCGCAUAUUUCACUUGUGUUUUUGUUGCGAAGACACUUCUUCCCCGCUAUUUGGCCAUAAAUCGAGCGUGAGGCGAUAAAUUUCCCUCCCGCUUCGGAAAUGUAUCGCUUUUCGGAGUAUUAAUUGUUGCGGUAAAAAAGAAACUUUUCAAUCGAAAUUCGUAUAUUGAAUUGUAACGUUUGCUAAGCAGCGGUCUUUCAGAUAAAUCCCACGUUAUUCCAACCGUAUCCUGAGCAGCCAAUCUCCACCGAGCACUCCUACAAUUACUGCCCAUCCAACUUGGAGGGAGAAGCGCAUUGGAAUUCCCCGCAAAUUCUUCCAUGGUAUGGCACAACGUACGUUCAAAAUGGGGAAUUCCCAACGACGUCGGCUCAAACCGAGCUACCCGAAAUUUCGGGAGAUUUUGAUGGAAGAUUAAGCAGUCAAGAGCAUCAGGAUCAGCAUGAUAUCAAUGAAUACAACAUGGGUAAGAAAACUCGAUUGGAAAAAUCGAAGUGUUAGGGGUGGAAGGCGUUGAUUUUGAUGCUGCUAAUUUUUACGUUUACGAAAUCUAGUGAAUAUCAGUCUGUCGGGAAAAUAAUGAGCCCAAUGUCGCUGCGCCAAUCGCGUCGCUGAAGUGAAAAGCAACUUGAUUUUGUCACGACACAAUUCAUUUUCUCCGGUUGCGAUGCGAUUUUCGAUGCAACAGAGGGCUUAUUAUUUUUCCGACAGACAUAAAUUUUUAUGAUUCCUAGUGCCAUUACAUAGGUUUUAUUCAAAAAAGCGUAGACUUUUUUAGCAAGGCCGCACCGUGCAAAAACCCCAUUUUGCACUGUGCAACCUAAAAUACAAUAUCGCGCAACAAAAGCCAUUUUCAACUUAUUGUUAGUCGCUGCGACAUUUCUGAAGCGAGUUCGCGCGAUGGGUCAAAAUGCACAGUGCAAAAUGUUCGAAAAGCCUGCACGGUGCGAAAAAGGGACAAAGUCGGAAAAGGGGUGCAUUGUGCGUCGCGACAAACAGUGUUUCAGUCUGUCGGGAAAAUAAUGCGCACUCUGUCGCAUGAAAAAUCGCAUCGCUGCCGAGAAAAUGAAUCGUGGCGCCUCAAAAUCAAAUUUAUUUCCACUUCAGCGACGCUGUCGGCGCAGCGACGCGCUCAUUAUUUUCCCGACAGUCUGAUAAAUUUGUCAGAGAUUACAAGCCUUUUACCGAUAAAAAACCCAUAUAUUUUUCCUUUCAGCCCCCACAAUCCCAGUUUAUCAGCACCCCAAUGCGGAUCCCACCCAGCUCUCGACAAUGUUCCAGCAAGCCCCGCAGGUCUUCGAAUUCCGUCCCAACACCUACUCCGACUUUGUUUUCCCACAAUAUACGGUGGAGCCGAAGCAAUGUGAUCAGAGUUUCGAUCAUGUUACCGAAUGUUCCGAUGGGCUUUAUUCAAUUUCAAUGACGGACUUUGAACCUCAAGGUUUCAGCGCCGUCAAUGAAGCCAACUUUACGCCGUUUUCGGAAUGA